UUCCUUCCUUCCAUCCUUCCUUCCUUCCUUGUGGCCUGGAGUUGAGGCGCCGCUCCAUGGUUGGCCCCCGCCGCCUCCAGCCAUGAGCUGCCUGGAUGUGAUGUACCAAGUCUAUGGUCCUCCGCAGCCUUACUUCGCCGCCGCCUACAGCCCUUACCACCAGAAACUCGCCUUCUACUCAAAAAUGCAGGAAGCCGCAGAGAGUGCCAGCAGCGCCAGCACAAGUGGGGGAGGCAGUGCCAGCAGCUCUUUCUCCAGCCACACCACUGCUGCCAGCAUCAAAGAGGAAGAGUGCAGCCCAGAGAAAGAGCGCCCCCCGGAGGCCGAGUACAUCAGCUCCAGAUGUGUCCUGUUCACCUAUUUCAAAGGGGACAUCAGUGCUGUGGUGGACGAGCACUUCAGCCGGGCCCUCAGCCAGUCCAGCAGCUACUCACCCAGCAGCACCAGCACGAAGGCUGCUGCAGCUGCUAGGAGCACCAGCUCUUGGAGGGAUGGAUCAUUCCCCAUGAGUCAACGCAGCUUCCCACCCUCCUUCUGGAACAGCACGUACCAACCCUCUUCAGUGCCAGCUUCCUUGGGGAGCCCUCUGGCAGCCACCACCCACAGCGAACUGCCCUUUGCCACAGCGGACCCUUAUUCUCCGGGCUCAUUACACAGCCACCUCCACCAGGGCGGCCCAGAGCCCUGGCACCCUGCCCACCACCAUCACCACCAUCACCACCACCAUCCUUACAUUGGCACACAGAGCUCGGCCUAUCCCCGCCCCACCACUGUACACGAGGUAUAUGGCCCCCACUUCGACCCUCGCUAUGGCUCGCUCCUGGUGCCUGCUGCUUCUGUGCGCCCCCACCGCCUCACGCCUGGCUCUGUGCCUACGCCUGUCAGCCCUCAGUGUGAACUAGGCAAAAGUGAGCCUGCCACAUCAGCGUGGACAACGCCUGCACCUUUCGCGAGUCCGGCAGGGGAGAUGGCACAGAGUUUAGGCCUCAAUGUGGACACAGGUUUGCAGCCUCAGGAUAAAAGCAAGGAUCUCUAUUGGUUUUAGAGCUGUCUUCCCAUCUUCUCAAUCCCCUCUAGUCAGACCUCUCUACCUAAGUAGGACUGGUGGUGACAGAGCUGAAACUGAGUCGAUUUGUGUUGUAACAGCUUUUGAUCUUGGUUUGCAGCUCACUGUUCUUCUUCCUUCUGUGCUGGAUCCCUCCUGAGCUGAGCUGCCCAUGUCUAAGGCUCCCCUUGUCAUGCACAAACUCCAUCUCCUCUGCCCUGCCCCCCAUCUUUGACAUUCAGAAUUUCAUGUCACAUUUCAAGUUCAAGAACGCAGGCAAAGCAAUGGGAUCUAACAGCUGCUUCAAGUUGCUAUUUCACUCAAAAGAACAAUAAGACAUUGGGGAGAUACGAAGGGGGUGAAGCAGUCUCUUUGCUAUUGAAGAACUAAAACCAAGUGCAAGGACAUCACACCCAGAACUGUGAGCAGGCCAUUCUAAAGAGCCAAGAACGAUGCGGAAAUCACUGAGUUUUGGAAGGAAAACAAUGAGUAGGAAUGGCAUGAACAUUUCUUUUCAAUUGUCAUUUUUUUAAAAAAAUCUACAAUUUUCAAACAGCAUGGGGAAUGAUUCAGACAUUAUAAAUGGGAUUAUUUUUGCCCUGUAUCAUGUGGAAACAAAAGAGAAGAAUUCUAAACGCCAAAAUCCAUUUGGGACUUUAACAACAACACAAAAGAGAGAACAAGAAGGACAAAUCUUUCAGACUUCAGUGUGGUGGUGAGUGGCAAGUGGCUAGCAUGGGCCACCUGCCUUCAGGAUUACACAAAUGCAGCUGUUCGAGAGACAACUGUUCCAGCUCUAGAAACUUGACAACCAAGGUGGCACUUCUCCGAGUUUGGCACAACAAUUGCGUUGGAUAAUGCAUACAUACAUAUGUGUAUAUAAAAGGUUUUUAUACAAGGAACAUUAUGUGAUGAAAGAAGAGACCCUUCCAGGAAAAGAGAAAGAGAGAAGAAAAUCCUGACAAGCUGUCAAGAGGAACAACUGGAGAAAAUAGGGGGGAAGUAACUAAAUAGGCAAAGGACUUCAUUUUGGUUUGAACACUCUUGUGUAUCUUUGUAAGGGUCAGGCAACUUGAUCUCUUUCUCUCUUCCCUUUUCUUCAGAAGGGACAUAUAAUAAGUGUUUCUUUGUAGAAAAGUUGUAUUAAAGAUGUCUCCUUUCACCCUCCAA